AUAUGACAUCAUGAACCUGCAACACAUAGAAGCUAACCAUUAUGAUUAUGUCCACAUCGGGACUUGGCAUCAAGGAGUCUUGAAUAUCGAUGAUAACCGAAUUCAAAUGAACAAAACUGAAAUGGUCCGGUCUGUAUGUAGUGAGCCAUGUUUGAAAGGUCAAAUUAAGGUUAUAAGGAAGGGAGAAGUGAGCUGUUGCUGGAUUUGUACAGCUUGCAAGGAGAAUGAAUUUGUGCAAGAUGAGUUCACAUGCAAAGCUUGUGAACUGGGAUGGUGGCCUAAUGAUGAGCUGACAGGCUGCAAACCUAUCCCUGUAAAGUAUCUGCAGUGGAGUGACAUAGAGUCCAUUGUAGCUGUGGUCUUCUCUUGCCUGGGCAUCCUCGUCACCAUGUUUGUUACCCUUAUCUUUGCACUGUACAAGGACACCCCUGUCGUCAAAUCCUCUAGCCGGGAGCUGUGCUACAUAAUACUUGCGGGGAUCUUCCUUGGUUAUAUAUGCCCUUUCACCCUCAUUGCUAAGCCCACUGUCACCUCAUGCUACCUCCAGCGUCUUCUGGUGGGGCUUUCCGCUGCCAUGUGCUAUUCUGCCCUUGUAACAAAAACCAACCGAAUUGCACGCAUUCUGGCAGGGAGCAAGAAAAAAAUUUGCACCCGCAAACCACGCUUCAUGAGUGCUUGGGCCCAAGUGGUCAUUGCCUCCAUUUUGAUCAGCGUACAGCUGACAUUGGUGAUUACACUGAUCAUCAUGGAGCCCCCUUUCCCCAUCCUUUCCUACCCCAGUAUCAAGGAAGUCUUUCUGAUCUGCAACACCAGCAACUUAGGCGUGGUUGCCCCAGUGGGCUACAAUGGACUCCUCAUCAUGAGUUGCACUUACUAUGCUUUCAAAACUCGCAACGUGCCCGCCAAUUUCAAUGAAGCUAAGUAUAUUGCCUUCACUAUGUACACAACCUGCAUCAUCUGGCUUGCCUUUGUACCUAUAUACUUUGGGAGCAACUACAAGAUCAUUACAACUUGCUUUGCCGUGAGCCUGAGUGUGACAGUUGCCUUGGGGUGCAUGUUCACUCCCAAGAUGUAUAUCAUCAUUGCAAAGCCUGAAAGAAAUGUCCGCAGUGCCUUCACCACUUCAGAUGUGGUGCGUAUGCAUGUCGGGGAUGGCAAGACACCUUGUAGGUCCAACACUUUCCUCAGCAUAUUCCGGAGAAAGAAGCCAGGCGCUGGAAACCCAAAUUCUAAUGGCAAGUCUGUGUCAUGGUCUGAACCAGGUGGAAGAGAAAUUCCCAAGGGACAACAUAUGUGGCACAGGCUCUCAGUGCAUGUGAAGAAUAAGGAGCUAGGAUGCAAUCAGACAGCAGUGAUCAAGCCCCUAACUAAAAGUUAUCCAGGUCCAAGCAAGAGCCUCACUUUUUCGGACAUCAGCAGUAAGACUUUGUACAAUGUUGUGGAGGAGGAAGGAAGUGAGUCAGUGCACUUCAGCCAAAUGAGUAGUCCUUCCAUGGUUGUACACAGAAGAGUGAUGGUGAUGCCUCCACUACAGGCAGCAGCAGAGGACAUACAGAGUCCCAAAGUCUUGCCACCCCCACCACCGCCUCCACCACCGCGAUCCAUUAUGGACCAGCUGCAGGGUGUGGUCAACAAAUUUGCCACUGGCAUCCCUGAUUUCAAUGCGGUAAUGCCCGUGUCUGGUGCAGGAAAUGGACUGAGGCCCAUAUAUCAUCCUCCAGCAAUGCAGCCACAGAUAUUGCCACUACAAAUGGGCACUUUCAUUAAAGAGCCGGUUUCACUCCCAUCUGAAGAAGAAGAGGAGGAGGAGGAAGAAGAGGAGGAGGAGGAAGAAGAAGAAAAUGAAAAGUUUAAGCUUAUCCAAGAUUAUGUGUAUGAGAGGCCAGGAAAUUUAGGGGAGGAGGAAGAGGAAGAAGAGGAGCAGGCCACCAGCAAACUGACUCUAGAAGAUUCACCAGCACUGACACCUCCAUCUCCUUUUCGAGAUUCAGUGGCUUCAGGCAGUUCUGUGCCCAGUUCUCCUGUGUCCGAAUCAGUGCUUUGCAUACCUCCCAAUGCAACUUACACCUCCGUUGUUUUGAGGGAUUACAAGCAAAGCUCAUCCACUUUGUAG